CAUGUCGCAAAAGGAUAAACAAAUUUUGAAACAAUUUUAUAAUUGCUGGAUUUUACGUGACGGUAAAAUUUUAAAGGAGGAUCUAUGGGUUCGUGAUGGGAGGAUUGUCAACCCCGAGAAAAUUUUUUAUGAUGAAAAAAUUAAACCAAAUAUUAGUAUUGAUUGUAAUGAAGCACUAAUUUCUCCUGGCUAUAUUGAUCUUCAAAUUAAUGGUGGUUUUGGGGUAGAUUUUACACAUAAUGUUGAUAAUGUACAAGAAGGAAUAAAUAAAGUAGCAAAAAAAUUGAUAGAAUUUGGUGUAACAUCAUUUUGCCCAACAUUAGUAACAUCACCCAGUGAGACGUAUCAUAAAAUACUACCAAAUAUUAAAAAGAGAAAUGGUGGAAAACAUGGAGCAUCUAUAUUAGGCAUUCAUUUAGAAGGACCUUUUAUUAGUCCUAGCAAAAAGGGUGCUCAUCCAGAAAAUUGUAUCAAGCAAUUUGACAAAGGAUUUAAAUCGUUAAUCGAAAUGUAUGGAACUUUAGAAAAUGUAUGUCUUGUUACAUUAGCACCAGAGCUUCCCAAUGCUCCAACUGUAAUUAAAGAAUUAUGUAAAAGAAAUAUUAAAGUUUCUGUUGGACAUUCUAUUGCAAAUUUACAUGAAGGAGAAGAAGCUGUAAACAAUGGGGCUUCAUUUAUCACGCAUCUUUUUAAUGCUAUGUUACCAUUUCAUCAUAGAGAUCCAGGGCUUGUUGGUUUGUUAACAUCUGAUAAAAUUCCUUCUGGGAAAAUUAUUCAUUAUGGCAUAAUCGCAGAUGGAAUACAUACCCACCCAGCAGCACUACGUAUUGCUCACAGAACACAUCCUGAAGGAUUAGUUUUAGUGACUGAUGCAUUAUCAGCACUAGGCUUAGAAGAAGGUGUUCAUCAAUUGGGUCAAUUUAAAAUUGAAAUGCGAUCAGGACGUGCAUAUAUUGCCGGAACAGAUACUUUGUGUGGUAGUACAGCAGAAAUGUCAAAAUGUGUUCGUCAUUUUAAAGAAGCAACAGGUUGCUCUGUAGUAGAAGCUUUAGAAGCUGCAACUCUUCACCCAGCAAAGACGCUUGAUAUUGAUAAAGUUAAAGGAACUUUAAAUUUUGAAGCAGAUGCUGACUUCGUAAUGUUAGAUCAAAAGUUGAAUUUGUUAUCGACGUGGAUAUCGGGAGAAUGUGUUUAUAGUAUACCAAAUGGUGCCCGAAACUCUUAGUAAACAAAAAAUUAUGAAAUAUGUAUUAAAUAAUACUAAAUGGCUGUGAAUAUUGUCCUAGCCAUAGCUACGUUCAUUUACAUAUUCAUAUUGUUACAUAUUUUAUGUACAAAUAUUUUUAUAAAAAGUAUUGCAAAUUUUGAUACGUAUAAAAAUGUUAUGUAUUUUUAUCGUUACAUAUAACUACAGUAAAGUUUUGAUAUAAGUGAAUCGUUUGGGAGCUAGCUGUCGCUUAUAUUGUGUAAUUUCUACAUUGAUUGAAGUUUGCGAAGCGUAGAAAAGGACAGCGAGUAAAGGAAACGAUCGAACAACUGAGCGAAAACAAAUAAUAAUAUGCCGGUGGAACAAUCGUAAUGCAAGUAUAAUAUAUUUCUUAUUUUUUAUGUUUAUUAUAUAUUUACUUGUAAUUUCAAACAUUUCGCUUAUAUCAAGGUUUCACUGUAUGGAUGAAUCAGGAGUGUUUAUAUCUUACAACAUAAUCUGUUAUAGAAUUCAGUAAUUUUUGUUUUUAUUAAAUCUAUUGUAUAUGGGCCAGUUUUAAUAUAACGUGAUUUGUACGUGAAUUGUUAUAUGUAUUAUUAUAAUUAAUUUGUAACAUUACUACAAAGAAUUCAAUAAUACACAGUAUUGACGUGUUAAUAAAUACAAAAAGUUGUCACAUUUUAA